CAUAAUUAGACGGAAUCCCCGCCCAACCCGAUCCCAGCUUGGCUGCGUUGUUUGGGGACACAGUCCGAAGAUGGCGACGGCCCAGCUGUACUGCGUCUGCCGGCAGCCGUACGAUGUGAGCCGGUUUAUGAUCGAAUGCGAUAUUUGCAAGGACUGGUUUCACGGCAGCUGUGUUGAGGUAGAAGAGCACCAUGCUGUGGACAUUGACGUUUACCACUGUCCCAACUGUGACGUCCACCAUGGACCAUCUCUGAUGAAGAAGCGAAGAAACUGGCACAGACACGACUACACCGAGCCAGAUGACGGCAGUAAGCCAGUGCAGGCUGGCACCUCUGUGUUUGUGCAGGAGCUGCAGGCCAGGACCUUCCCCAAUGGAGAUGAGAUCUUGCAGCCAAUGCAGGGCAGUCAGGUCACCCAGAGGUAUCUGGAAAGACAUGGCUUCCGCUAUCCCAUCGCUGUACACAAAAUGGAAGGGCUCGGCCUCCGCUUACCUCCAACGGAUUUCUCUGUCAAGGACGUUGAGCGCUAUGUCGGAGGUGACAAAGUGAUUGAUGUCAUCGAUGUGGCCAGGCAAGCAGACAGCAAGAUGAAGCUAAGUGCAUUUGUGAAGUAUUACUACAGCCCUCAGCAGCCCAAAGUCCUCAACGUCAUCAGUCUGGAGUUUUCAGACACCAAGAUGUCAGAGCUGGUGGUGGUCCCUGAUAUCGCUCAGAAGAUGUCUUGGGUGGAGAACUACUGGCCCGAUGACUCUUACUUUCCCAAGCCCUUUGUGCAGAAGUACUGCUUAAUGGGCGUGAAGGACAGUUAUACCGACUUCCAUAUUGAUUUUGGGGGCACAUCUGUGUGGUACCAUGUCCUAUGGGGGGAGAAGAUUUUUUACUUGAUAAAGCCCACCCCAGCCAACCUUGCACUGUAUGAGGAGUGGAGCUCAUCUCCAUCCCAGAGUGAAGUGUUUUUCGGGGAGAAAGUGGACAAGUGCUACAAGUGUGUCGUGCGGCAGGGAACAACACUUCUGAUCCCAACAGGAUGGAUCCAUGCUGUUCUCACCUCUCAGGAUUGCAUGGCUUUCGGAGGAAACUUCCUCCACAACCUCAACAUAGGCAUGCAACUCAGGUGCUAUGAGAUGGAGCGGCGUCUGAAGACUCCAGACCUCUUUAAGUUUCCUUAUUUUGAGGCCAUUUGUUGGUAUGUAGCAAAUAAUCUGCUGGAGACUCUCAAAGAAUCCCGAGAAGAUAACUGUCUGCCUCCAGAAUACCUGAUCAAGGGAGUGAAAGCUUUGAUUACUGCACUGAGGAACUGGCUAAAGAGAGAGGUCACAGAGCCGGCCAGUGAGGUCCCUGACCAUAUCAGACCCAACCAUCUCAUUAAGAUGCUCACCAGGGAAAUCCAGUACCUUGAGGAUUAUCAGAAUGGGAACUGUGGAAGCAAGCUAAUGAAAUCUCAAGGAAUAUCUACGUGUCCUUCCACGAGGUUGGCGCACGAGAGAGGUUCUCACGCACGCAGGACAGCCAGACGUCUUCGUGACCAGCACCACCAUCAUCAUCAUCAUCACUCUCACAGCCCUAAAGCUCCCUCAAACCUCGACAUCUUCGAGCAGCACACCCAGGAAGUCUUAAAAAGACUUGAAAUGGGUCCUUAUGAGGAGGUCAAUGGCAAGUUCAACAAGGUCUCCACGGCCUCAGCUGCAGUUGUGGAGCAGAGCUUGGACAACCACCUGCAUCUGGUGCUGUGCAAUGGACGUAUAGUCAGAGAUAACAGGCAGCAUGCUGGAGAAAAAAGACCAAGGAUAAAAGAAGACGAAGGCUCCAGAUAUGUGAAGAUUGAGUUACUCAAGAUUAAACUAGUAUCUAAAGCGGAAGAACAGGAAGUGGAUAUUGAAAUGAAAGAUGGAGAUCAGCAUCAUGUAGCCUUUGCAGAUCUUAAUAAGCUAGAGAGUUCAGAUCUCCCAAACAGAAAAUCUGUAUUUUCAGACAUCUCAUCGGAUUCUGAAUCAGAUGAGGACUGCACUACACAGAAAAAGAACUGCUCUGAGGGAGAAUCUGCAAGUUCUUCAGAAGAAGAGGAAGAUGAAAAGAUUAAGACGAGCGGAGACGACCAAAGUAAAACCAAAAGUUUCUCCAGCUGCACAACGGAUACGCACCAAUCCAGGGAAAAGCUUGGCCCUUUUGAAAAAUGUUGUAAAAGUGAAUAUGCUACCUCGCCAAGCACAGAAGAGGAUGCUAUCCAGGGAAUGCUGUCUAUGGCAGGGCUGUUGUAUUCUCACCCAUCAGAAGAUCCCAGCAGUUCCCAAGAAUCCUGGUGGUCUCGAACCAACCAUCCCUCCCCUGACUACAGUAGAAAGGAGGUUGCAUCAGGAGAGGAGAACCAGGAUUCAGACAGCGAUUCAUCACAGGAGGGCUUUCGGGAGCAUGAUUCAGAAGGAGGAUGUCAUGCUAAACUCAAGCAUAGGAUCCAGGAACACAAGAACUUCAUGGACAGCCAGGGCAGCGGCAGCAACAGCAGCAGUGAAGCUUGGAGCAGUCGCACACAAUCCCCAACCCACGGGGAAAGUCCCACUUUGGGCUACCAAUACUGUGAACCAUCCCUAUCGCUACCUCUGCACCCAUCCAAGAGGCCUGCUUCAAAUCCCCCACCAAUCAGCAAUCAGGCCACCAAAGGUAAACGUCCUAAGAAAGGUAUGGCCACAGCAAAGCAGCGAUUGGGCAAGAUUCUCAAAUUGAGCAGACACAAACCUUUCUUUGUGUAGUUCCAUUGAUGGCAGUCGCGCUCGCAGAAGGUUUGGGAUGCUGAGCGUGCAUGUUAAAGGUGACAACACACUGGCUCAAAAGCUUUGGAUUAAUCGGAAUAAUUACUCCACACAACACGUUUUGCUAAUAAGCAUCCAAAGUAACAAGGCGUCUGAAAGGAAAUAAGACCGAAAACAUUUUUUAAGGCUUUCAGUUCUCAAAGAUGGCAUCCAAAUUCAGGUUUACUUUCUAUAUAAAAGCGAAGACUAGCAUGUUGUCAGGAUGCUUCCCACAACUAAAAACGCGUCGCUUUGAGGAUGUGCAUCUUAAGCAAGCUGGCAAUUGAGUGAUGAACUGAUUUCAUAAAGGUGCUUUACUUUUUUGGUCUUCUCAUUUUGUGAUUGCAACCAACUUUUCCUAGCUAAUUACUCCAGUGAAGAAAAUUAUUAUUAAUGCCUCUAGACAAAAUUUACACAGGAUGACUGCUUCAACUACCUGUCAAUCAAAAUGUUCUGACAUUUUGAUAGAAAUUUAAGGGGAAUUUUUUUUAUUUUUGUCAACAUUUGUAUUCAUUUUUGUCAUUUUAAUUUGCUCGCUAGGUAGUUUGAUUAGCUAUGUUUGGUCCUCUGUUGCCGCCUAGUGGGCAUCUGGAGACUUGAAGGUAUCAUUUCACAUGAGGCAAGAGACGUUUUCCCUUAAUUUAUUUCUUUAUCUUGGUGCUUUAUUUUUAUUUUCUAUACUGUUAUAUAUAACUUAUUUAUUACUGGUGAAAGAGAACAAUUUUAUUUCAUUCAGCAUUUAGGAGGUUUGCUGUUCUUCGGGGUCUUAAUAUGCAUCUGUUUUUCAAACGUUUAAAUAUUUGUGGCCAUACAGCCAAUUAGUGUAAAGGCUUAGCUGUUUUUCUAAAUUUCAUUCAUGUCUGUAUUGCAUUGUGGGUAAGAACAAACAUGUUGUGUAAUAAGAAGUUAAUAUUUCCUUAAAAUACCUGCCCAAAUAGUCCCAUUAUGUCCAAAUCUUUCAUUUUUACCUCACAGUGUAUUUGAAAAAAAAAAGAAAGAAACUGUGAGUUUGUUCUCAACCAGGAAAGUCACCACCUGUUUUGUGGCUGUUUUUACUGAUAUUCUAAGGAUCUGGUUUCAGAGCCAUGUUGUUUCCAUAAGUAUAAAGUUCAGCUGCCUCGUCAAAUUCUAAAACAUUGAAAUACAGUUUGAACUGGUGCUGUGUAUAGUGAGAAAACAAGACAUUUUAGAUGGCCAAGGAGCGGGGGAGAAUUUGUACCUUUUUCUUUUUUUUUAUGUUGAAAUGUAUUUGGCUACUUGUCUUUUUACAAAGAAUCGAAAAGAAUAUUUAUUUUUUUAAAGCGAGUCUUAAGAGAGAAUUUUUUGCAGUUGUAUCAACACCGUGUAUUGAAAUAUGGCGAUAUCCUCGCGUUUUGUAAGAUAUGUGUGUGAUUUUGAGGUAGUUUGUUCUGGUGUUGUGUGGAAGACCUCAGGAAAUAGUUUGAGCUCAAGGUUUUGGAAUCCUUUUGAUGAAUGCCAAAUAAUGUAAUUGUGAAAGUCAGGUCUGGCUUUGAAUUUUUGUUGUCCUGGCAGUAAAAAGAGCUGUAUUAACUAACUUAAUAUCAAAUUUCUUAGUAAAUCUCCCCAUGAAAGAAAAUGAUGUUAUUUUGUAUUCUAUAUUGGUUAAAUGUUCUCUUUUAUAACAUUUACAGCAACUCCAACAGAAUCUACAAUGCUCUUCGAGCAAUUACACACAUUCCAUAAGCAUCCAGGAACGUCUAUGACUGAUUUCAUUAGCUCAAAGGGCUCACAUACGGACUGUUUUUCUGAUGGACAGCUUUGAUACAAACUAUUCAAAGGGCUUCAGUCAACCCAAAGGUGCACAGAAUUGAGCAGGUCAUUAUAACCAGCACAGUAUUGUUACUGUAUGUCAUCUUCCGAGGUUUUGUGGACUAAGAUACUCGUGCAUUGUGGUUUGAUCCAUUUCAGAGACAAAAACCACAAUGCCAUUAAUGUAGCACCUGUUGCAUUUCUCCUUGAUAAGAUUUUCAUUUAUGUUGCUUUGUUUGACUAGGAUUUGGGCCAAAGUGCACAUGUAUUGCAUUCAGAACUUUCAUUUGUUUGGGGGAUUGGAGGAGCUUCUGUAUUUUUCCAAAAAAAAAAAAAAAAUGCUGCACUGCAUUAAAGUGUCCUGCAUUAGCUAUGUUACACUACACUGUUUGAGUUUUUUAUUGGUACUGUUUUAACCCAAUGAAUAUCUAAAUGUGCUUGAUAAAAGGAAAAAAACUUUGCUGGCCUGCAGGCAGGGUUUGUACCAUGUACCAGUACUUGUACAGUAUUUAUUUGGCAUUCUCUGGUGUGUUUUACAUUUUCUGGUCAAUUUGCAAUCAGUUACGUGUUUGUUUAUGGAGUGUCCUCUGACAUUUUCAAAGCAUUCAAACGUUUUCAAUUUUGCUAUGGUUGUAUAAUUUUGUUGAAUAUUUUGUGACACUGUAAUCCACCGCUAAGGCUUUUGAAUUUGGUAUUUUUCCAUUGUACAAUGUGGCCUGUACACAUUAAAAGUUAUACGAGUGAA